UCCUCAUCUUCAAUCUUAAUAAUUACUACUACAACUGGCAACAUUUUACAGUACAGUAAUCUCUUCUUCCUCCAUGAUUCGAAGACUUCUGAACUCAUCUCUAAUCCAUCUUCCCCUUCCACUUCCACCACCACCCAAACCAAAACCAACCACCUUCUCCUUCCCACUCCGAACAUUCUCCCACAUGGGCGACACCCGCCGACCUUCCCCCACUCCCAUCCCAUCUCUCCAACAAUCAAAUCGCUCCGAACUCCUCCGCGCUCUAGAAUCCUCCAUAGGCUCCUCUUUCAGUUCCCAACCCCUAAUCCCAAACCCUAACCCUCUCGUCAUCGUAAUUAGCGGCCCUAGCGGUGUCGGCAAAGACGCUCUCAUCACAAAUCUCCGUAAUUCCCGCCCUAGUAUUCACUUCGUCGUCACCGCCACCACUCGUCCUCGCCGUCCCUCUGAAAUCGACGGUAAAGACUAUCUCUUCGUUUCGAAGGAUGAGUUUCUGCAAAUGGUGGAUAAAGAUGAGUUUCUUGAAUAUGCCUUAGUUUAUGGUGAUUAUAAAGGUGUUCCUAAGCAGCAAAUUAGGGAUUUUAUGGCGAAAGGUUAUGAUGUUGUUUUGAGAGUUGAUAUUCAAGGUGCACAGACUUUGAGGAAGGUUUUGGGGAAAUCGGCGGUUUUUGUGUUUUUGAUGGCGGAGAGUGAGGUUGAUAUGGUGGAGAGAUUGGUGGAUCGGAAUACGGAGACGAAGGAAUCGUUGCUUGUUAGGAUUAGUACUGCUAAAGAAGAAAUGAAGCAUGUGAGGAAUUUUGAUUAUGUUGUGGUGAAUGCUAAGGGUAAGCUUGAAAAUGCUGUGAAAUUGUUGGAGUCUAUUAUUGAUGCUGAAAAAGCUAAGGCUCCGAAGGUGAGGGGUGCACCUGCAAACACUCUGGCGAUCAAGUAAGUUGGUGCUGAAAGUGAGGUUUAGGAUUUCGAGUAGUACGUACCUCGGCCUAGGCCAAAAGUUAGGCUUUAUAGGAGCCAGGUUAGGUUUUCGAGGGACUAGAACCUUCUAUGAGACAACUGUCCCUUUUGGGAGCGUUCCUUUGGCCUUGCUCCUGUGUGCCUCUAGAGCGUGACUUGGGUGACCCGAUCCAGAGCGAGAAUGGGCCUUGGUCCAAUCUUGAACAGUUACAAAUUUGUUCCAUCUUUACCUUGUGUGUUUAGAAGGAGGGUUUGCGAACGAUUAAAUAGAGAUCCUAGUUACUCCUAUAUAACUUAUGUUAUUCUUUUCGUUAAGUUAGUUUCUAAUGUUAUCAAGCAUUUUCUUGAUUUGGUCACUGCUUACUUUUGAUA